GCGAAUAUAGACGGCUUAUUUGACUCGUCUGCCUACCUUUCACACCACCGUCAACUAACGCCGUCAGUUUAUCGACACGGCGGUUCCAACUGGUGCAGGUCUCUCUCUCAAUAUCUUCCUCCUUUAUUCCACACUCUCUCUCGUCGUCACUGAGAAUGAGCUGUACACAAAUCUAACCUAAAAUCGUUGAGAUUCGAUUUUGAUGGUGUUUGCGUUUGUCUCUAUUUUGGACGUCGAUUGAGAUUGCUGUGAUUCUGAAAUAGCUUCGAAUUUUAGGUGUGCGCUCCAGCUUGGCCGGGUUAAGGGCUUGUAGAUCAGAUCACUAUUUCCGUUUGAUUUGAAUCGUGUGAAGAUGUAUUUUUUCUGCUUUUGUUCUUGAUUGUUUCUGAAAGAGGUGGGGCUUUUGAUAUCACUGAAACAUUCGCAUAAGGAUGCCUACAAAAGAGCAAAUUGGGGAUAAUUUACUCACAAACUUAUCCAUGGAGAGCAGCCAUUUAUCCACUCUCUUGUCCAUGGAUUCGAGCUCUUCGAAUCAGGAUGAGAGGGUGAGAGAGUUCAAUCGAUGCGUUAACCUUUUGCAUCUCCCACCGGAUAUCAAUCUCCCCCUCUGUGCUGAGCCCAGCCCCCCUCCCCAGCAUACAUGGAAUGAUGCUUGUGAAAUGUUGGAGGUCAGCCUUGCACCUCAGAACUACGAUGUUGAGAUUACUGGUAACGGUGUUUCUAAGGUUGGGAAGAAGUGUGCGAACGCAAAGCGCCUUGACAGCGUUUGGGGGGCGUGGUUCUUCUUUAGUUUCUACUUCAGGCCUGCUCUGAAUGAGAAGUUCAAGGGGAAGAUUGCGUGCGAGGCUAAUGGGGUUUGUGAUGAGUAUGAUAAGACGGAUUUGAAGCUGGAGGUUUUCCUGGUGCAACAUGAUAUGGAGAAUAUAUAUAUGUGGGUGUUUAAGGAGAGGCCGGAGAAUGCUUUGGGGAAGAUGCAGUUGAGGAGUUAUAUGAAUGGGCAUUCGCGCCAGGGGGACCGCCCCUUUCCGUUUAGUGUGGAGAAGGGUUUUGUCCGAUCUCAUAGAAUGCAGAGGAAGCAAUAUAGGGGGCUUUCUAAUCCUCAGUGUGUUCAUGGCAUAGAAAUUGUUCCAUCUCCUGUUCUUACAGGAAUUGACGAGGAAGAUAGGAAGAGAUGGAAGGAGCUGACGGGGAGAGAUAUUAAUUUCUCAAUCCCUCCCGAGGCCAGUGAUUUUGGGUCGUGGAGAAACCUCUCUACAAUGGAGUUUGAGAUUGAGCGACCUUUGCAGCUGAAAGGUAACGUGAAUUCGCAGGUUAAGAAACUUCACAAUGGUCCUGCUUUGAAUCUGUCAGCUAAGCCUCGGGAUAAUCUAAAUGGGGAGGUAAUGGAGCUGAAGGGAGCUGCACCCGCUGCUAAGCGUAAAAAGAACUUCUUUCCACAUGGAAGUGACGAUGAUUGUGAUUUGGCGAGCGACUCCCAGGACAGGAUCUUGGAGAUUCAUGCCAUCGAGCCCUCUUGGCUAAGCGAGUUUGGUGGUGUUAUGAGGAGUGCAUAUGGCCCAGUGACAGCUGCAAAAACUAUUUAUGAGGAUGAUAAAGGAUUCUUGAUUCUCGUCAGCAUGCCGUUUGCUGAUCUGCAGAGGGUGAAGGUAACGUGGAGGAACACUCUCUCACACGGGAUCGUGAAGAUAUCCUGCGUGAGCACUGGUUGUAUGCCGAUUAUCAAGAGAAAAGAUAGGACAUUCAAGCUGACUGAUACAGCACCUGAGCACUGCCCUCAAGGGGAGUUUAUCAGGGAAAUUUCGCUUCCAACUCGCAUCCCAGAAGACGCCAAACUGGAAGCAUAUGGGGACUCAACGGGGACUAUGCUCGAGAUCCUCGUGCCAAAGCAUUGCGUUGGGCCAGAAGAGCACGAGGUUCAUGUGUGCCUCCGCCCUUCUCCUUGGACUGAUCCAGCUUACGUGGAUUGGACAGAAGCCUUGUCAUGGCAGAUGACGACAACAACGGCCUCGUGCUCAAGCUGAUCAUCUGCCUCAUCGCAGCCGCGUCUGCCGCGGUCGUCGUCACCGUCUACCACUGUGUCACGGCAAGGUACGCGCGGCCGCAGCCUCCCUCCAGCCGGCGGUGGCUGCCGCCGUUGGAGGUGCAGCAGCAAGAGAUGAGUGUGAGUCUGGAGCACUCCGUGGCGGAGCUCCUUCCGGCUCAUAAACACAGCAAGGGCGCGGGAUCGGACAGGGUGGAUGACAGUAUGUGUGCAAUUUGCUUGUGUAAGUUUGAAGAGGGCGAGGAGCUCCGGACCCUGCCGGAGUGCUCGCACUCGUUCCCCGUGGCGUGCAUCGAUAUGUGGCUUUGUUCGCAUUGGAGCUGCCCGAUCUGUCGCUCUGCGGUUGGGGUGUUCGGGUCGUCUUCGCCGAGGCUUAUGCACUUGCUCAAUCCUAGCAGUGUUACGCAGAAUACAAGUCCCAUUGAAACAUUGUGAUGGUUCCAUUUUCUUGUCUCAAUUUCUUUGAAAUAUUCAAUCAGUUGGAUUUUUCUGGUAAUAUGCCAAGGAGAAUUUUCAAUUUGGUGAGCGUGUUUUCUUAAAAAUUCAAUGCAGUAACUUAUUUCUUAGAUUAUUCUUUUGUAACUUAUUUGGUGAGCGUGUUUGCCUUUGGAAUAUUGAUCAGGUUCUAUGUUCAGUUUGUAACUUUCUUAGAUUAUUCUUUUGUAAAAUGCACAAAAUAUUGGUGUCAUAAAUUUAAAAACUUUGCACUUUGCA